GAGACUCGCUACUCGGCGAGCUGUCAGAAGAACAUGGCAUCUUCGCAAGAAAGCGUGCCGGACCUGUGCGGCUCCGAAAUCGAGAGGUUUUUGGACACCGUCCAGCAACAUCCUUGUGUCUACGACACCAAAAGAAUGGACUACCGGGAUGCAGAGCGAAAAAACAACGCGUGGGAACAGAUACGUGUCUACUCCGGCCUCUCAAAAGUCGAUGAGUGCCUGAAACUGUGGAAGCGGCUGAGGGAUCGGUAUACUCGUGAACUGAAAGCUAUACGCGCAGGGAUGGCUGAAGUACGCGGCUGCGAUUUUCCCUGCGUUCGGGUGCCUGACAGCUACUUCUGCGGUGACAGCUGCAGGAAAGGCGCGGCCCUCUACAAAAGUGGCCACGUGCACGACUUCAACGGAAUUUGGGACAACCCAGUGCGUAUACGUGCCAAGUGCGUCCCGCAGACCAGCGUGACAAAGCCUAGCUAUGAAGUGGAGCUCGUGGCGUCAGUACCAGACUUCCUGCUGCAAGAUGCACUCUGCACCUACAAGGCAGGUAAAGGAAGCCGGUGCAAACACAUUGCCGCUGUCGUGCAUUACAUCAACAGUGAAGAAAACAAGUCGUGCACAAGUGGUCCAAGGCUGUGGGGCAAGCCUUCUGUGCGUGCUCUUGGAACCUACAAGAAAGGCUCAUGCUUGGACGGCUUCCUCGGCAAGGCAGUAGAAGAUGUUGUGCCACUGCCACCAGCUCGAGCAAGUUCGCCACCACUGGCGCUUCGGUCGGCGUGCACUAGGCGUAUAGAAGCGACGAAAAGGAGUGGCAGCGGCUACGUGUCUCGACGGGCCUGGGAAUUCACGGAGUCCAUGGCCUUUUACAAACACUGCGGCCGUCCGAGGAAAACGACAUGCAGUCUGGAGCCAGCCACUUAUGGUGAUGAUGGCGAGACCGCCGAGAGCAUCUUUGCAACUAUGGAAAAUACGCCGCCAUCACCCUCAGGUGUUGAAAGUCCCAUGGAUUCCCCACAGGAGCUAUCAAUGCCAGCAACGCCGCCACCAUUGGCAGAACGACCACCGGAAACCGGUAAACAAGAGACUGCACCAAAGCAUAAAAAAGGGAAGAAGAACGACAACUUUGAAGAGCAGCUGUUGUGCAGACUCGACGGCAAAAUGUCAGAAAAUGAGGCAUUUGGAAUAUCCAUAGGCCUUAGCUUAGACAACAUGCCACAUAAGGUGGCACUGAAAUGCAAAGCACGAAUAAUGACAUUGAUUGCAGAAAUGGAGGAAGAAAACGAUGUGCACACCAUCAACAUUAGUUAAACUUUGCUUAUGAGAUUGCUUGAAUAUGUUUUUUUUUUUCUUUAAGUAAUGCUGCACUUUAAAAAUGAGAAGUUUUCAAGAGUUAACAGGAUAGCGUAAAUGUGCUAUGUUCGCAUUGGAAAUCAUGUAAGGCCUAUUGCCUCCUUGUUUGUUAUGCUUCUCUUUUUGCUCGUGGGCAAUGCCGAUACCGUAUAUUCUGCGAAACAAUUCCUAAAUGCUAUCGCAUUAGAAGGCAGCUAAUCGAUACAAAUGCAAUUUAUGGUUUCCUACAUGCCAAAACCAUGAUGUCACUAUGAGGCACAAUGUAAUAUGGAGUUAAUUUUGACUGCCUGUGAUACACUAUGAAGCUGCUAAAUUUAAGUACACGGGUGUUCUGCCAUUUCGCCCCUAUCCAUAUGCGGCCACAAGGUUCAGACACAAACCAUCUUUAUUCGCAGAGCGACACUUUGCCUGCUAAGCUUCCAUGCCGGGUUAUCAAUACAGAGAAUGCAAAUGUGAUAUAAUGCAAGUG